AGCGGGAGGAGCAGGCCGAGGGUCUUCUGGCCCGCAAAAAUCUGGCUUCCGCACUCGCCAUCCUCCACGCUGCUUCCAAUAACCACUGUCAACCCUAACCGGCAUCUGAACCGGAGCUCUGCUAGGAAAUCGUCCGGCCAAAAUCAACGCUCGGACUACUCUCGAAGAUUACCGCAUCUCUUUUUCCCCCUAGGGCAGAGAAAGCGAGCACAGAAAGGGAAGGAGGGGGCGGAGACACCCCCCCAAGAAUAAAUAAAUAAAUAAAUAAAUAAACAAACUGGCUUCUGGCCACAGCUGGACGCGGUCGGUUGAGUCCAGGUUGAGUCGGAACUGAACCCCUAAAAGCAGAACCGCCUCCCGCCAUCGCGCCCCGCCACCCUCCUGGAGCCGAGUCGCCGGCGGCGGUGGUGGCUGAUGGUCCGGGAGUUUCCUCUUACACUGGAUGGAGCUGAACUUUGAGCGGCCAGAGGAGCGCGGCGGUCCGGGGACCACUGCAUGCUGAGCUCCCUUGGAGAGACCCAGCGGCGGCUCGGGUAUUUUUUUUGGGGAAAGGGACCAGCUGCGCGCCGACACCAUGUUCCUGGCGACCCUGUACUUUGUGCUGCCGCUCCUGGACUUGCUCCUGUCCGCCGAGGUGAGCGGCGGGGAUCGCCUGGACUGCGUGAAAGCCAGCGACCAGUGCCUGAAGGAGCAGAGCUGCAGCACCAAGUACCGCACGCUGAGGCAGUGCGUGGCGGGCAAGGAGACCAACUUCAGCCUGGCGUCUGGCCUGGAGGCCAAGGACGAGUGCCGCAGCGCCAUGGAGGCCCUGAAGCAGAAGUCGCUGUACAACUGCCGCUGCAAGCGGGGCAUGAAGAAGGAGAAGAACUGCUUGCGCAUUUACUGGAGCAUGUACCAGAGCCUGCAGGGAAAUGAUCUGCUGGAGGAUUCCCCAUAUGAACCAGUUAACAGCAGAUUGUCAGAUAUAUUCCGGGUGGUCCCAUUCAUAUCAGAUGUGUUUCAGCAAGUGGAGCACAUUCCCAAGGGGAACAACUGCCUGGACGCGGCCAAGGCCUGCAACCUCGACGACACCUGUAAGAAGUACAGGUCGGCGUACAUCACCCCAUGCACCGCCAGCACGUCCAGCGAUGUCUGCAAUCGUCGCAAGUGCCACAAGGCCCUUCGGCAGUUCUUCGACAAGGUCCCGGCCAAGCACAGCUACGGGAUGCUCUUCUGCUCCUGUCGGGAUAUUGCCUGCACGGAGCGGCGGCGGCAGACCAUUGUUCCCGUGUGCUCCUAUGAGGAGAAGGAGAAGCCCAAUUGUUUGAAUUUGCAGGACUCCUGCAAGACGAAUUACAUCUGCAGAUCUCGCCUUGCAGAUUUUUUUACCAACUGCCAACCAGAGUCAAGGUCCGUCAGCAGCUGUCUAAAGGAAAACUAUGCCGACUGCCUGCUUGCCUACUCAGGGCUUAUUGGCACAGUCAUGACCCCCAACUACGUAGACGCUAGUAGUCUCAGCGUGGCCCCGUGGUGCGACUGCAACAACAGUGGGAACGAUCUGGAAGAGUGCUUGAAGUUCUUGCAUUUCUUCAAGGACAACACGUGUCUUAAAAAUGCAAUUCAAGCCUUUGGCAAUGGCUCCGAUGUGACCGUGUGGCAGCCAGCCCUCCCAGCACAGACCACCACUGCCACCACCACCACAGCCUUCCGGGGCAAGAAUCAGCCGCUGGGGCCGGCAGGGUCUGAGAAUGAAAUCCCCACUCAUGUUUUACCACCAUGUGCAAAUUUACAGGCCCAGAAGCUGAAAUCCAAUGUGUCGGGGAGUCCGCACCUCUGCCUUUCUGAACGGGAUUAUGAAAAGAAUGGUCUCUCUGGUGCUUCCAGCCACAUAACCACACAAUCGAUGGCUGCUCCUCCACGCUGCGGUCUGAGCCCCCUGCUGGGUCUGGUGGUAACGGCUCUGUCCACCCUGUUGUCUUUAUCUUUGGCAGAAACAUCAUAGCUGCAUUUAAAAAAGAAAGAAAACAAUACGGACAUGUACAAAGACAAAAACCAAGUUAUCUGUUUCCUGUCCUCUUGUAUAUCUGAAAUUCCAGUUUUAGGGGCUCGGUUGAGAAACAGUUCCAUCCAACUGGAACUUUUUUUUUGUUUUUAAGAAAGCUUCUUGUGAUCCGUAUGGGCUUCGGUGGGAAAUCUGAUGCAGGGCUGCGAUCCAGACUCAGGAGGCUCUGAGGCAUGCCGUAUUUCACAGGGACAGUUUGUAAAUUUGGCCGUAAAGCAGACUAGGGCCAUGUUUUUCAUGAUGAUGACAACCACGAUGAUGAUUUUAACGAUUUUAAUUCUGGCAUUUCCUAGCUAGAGGAGUUAGUAUUGCUAAAGAAAUCCGUAUCUCAUGCGAUGGCUUUGGUUUCCGAUAACAUCCGUGGCAGCCUGACACAGAUGCCAAGGUUUUUUGUCACAAAACGAAAGUUCUCAACCAGAGUAUAGACUUUGUGGAAACUGGCUCGUACCAAGGUUCAUCUUCCUCUAUGUACUAGCAUUUUCCACAUGAAUGUCUAUGUGCCGAAAACAGUUCUACACUCUGCUACAGAGCAAAUAAACACCUGUCACAUCCGAAAGACAGUAUCUAUCUUGUAGUCAAAGGGAGAGGGAGAAUGAGUGAGCCCCUUCACAGGACCUGGGUGGCCGAAUGACACUCUCCUGGGCCUUACCUGAGUGAGAAGCCCCCCAAUUAACAAGAGUCAAAUGCCACUGAAGUGUCACUCUAAUACUCUUUACAGUUAUGAGAUUAUAUGUAGAAAAACAAUUUUACUACUAAAUGAUUUCAACUAUUGGCUUUCUAUAUUUUGAAAGUAAUGAUACUGUUUUCAUUUUUUACUGAUGGUUUAAUACAAAAUCCAUGGAGCUUGUUUUUCUCUCGUAAGUAGCAUAAGCUCCAAUAUUAACUCCAGAAAUACAGCUCUUCACAAGAAGACUCAGAGGAGCCUGUGCUUUAGCAGAAAGCUCUGCACCACGUGGCCGUGGACAGACUGGAGGGAACAGAACUGCCCAUCAUCGUCUUUUAUCACUUCUUGAAAUGCAAGCAUGCGUACCUGGGGGAGACUGGCAGCCACUUGUAAAGGCCACCCUUUGCUGUUGACACAGUCUAGUAUCUGGGUUUUCGGGUUAUGGCUACGUGACAAAGGCAGCUUAGAUUGGGAUGGGGUUGGCGUGUGCUGCCCUCUUUUUCGAAGCAGAUCCAGGCCAGGUACACAGUUCUUUUCCCAAGGAUUUUCUUUGUCCCUCACUGCCAUGUCUGGGCUGUGUGCUUAGGCCACUUUGGUGAAGGUCAUUGAGAAUCUGCUUGCAUCUUGUUCAGUGUCCUCUAUGACAGACUGUGACUGACCAUGAGAAAAAAGAAGAGUUUUUUAAUCAAGAAGAUAACAUUAGGUGUGGUGAGAUGAAUUUGUUGGGACAGAGACUCUCUCCAUGAGGCAUCUGGCUGUGUCCCCUGCAUAUCAUCUUCCAUUGAUCUCUUCCUUAAAUGAGUCGAGACCCUAAAGUGCACUUGUGAGGUCUGGUUUAGAUGAGGAGAUUCCACCUGAACAGAAUACUGGGGCACCCUGGCUUUCUUCCCACGUGGGGAGAGGGAGUGGAGGAGGAGGAGGAAGCCGGUGGUGCGCGCUUCAUGCUGACGCCCUUUGCCCACUGACGUCUGCCUUGUAAGACUAAUGUAAUUACUGGGGAAGGGAAAAUCUAUGAAAUGCAAGAUAAAGGCAAAGUCUUCUAGCUCUGUUGGUGUUCAAAGUACAGUUAUAUCCCAAUGUUAAUAAACAAAAGUGUAUAAUUCUCAGUACCAACUUUUUUCACUUUGAAAUAUUUUCAAGGGAAAUUCCUCAAGCACCCAAGUGUAUUUGAUUAGUGAAAAGUUCCAUCAUAAAGACUUUUACUUUGAAUAAACACAUUAAAUAUGUCAAAAUAUUUGGAAUGCCAGUCAUCUCUGAGAGCCUAUCUCUUACAGAGCAGAUUUUGUUUUAAUUAAGGUAUCUGUGUAUCUACACUGGCCUAAUUGCAUAUGGGUCUGAUUCUGUGUGAUCCACUGUAGAAAGCUAUUGAUUACUUCUGUAGUAAACAGCAGCUCUAAUUAGCUUCAGAUGACCAAAGAGGAAAUGGGAUUUUUUUAGUGCUAACAAGGGCAGCCUUCAUGGCGUGGAUAUGCAACACAUAAAUUAAAUUUCCAAAAGCCUCAUCUAUCACCAACAAAGAUCUCAUUUUUCUUCAGUGAUAAAUGCAUAUUGAAGUCACCAAAUCUUCAAUUUGAUAAUAAGUUGCUGAUCAAAUCAACAAGGGGAAGCGUCUUGUUCGAGGACAGCGUAUGAUAGAGAUUAUGACAAAGCAAGGCAAACAAGAUUUCUGCCCCCCAGUGAAAUCUGUUUAAUACAGUGAUCCUGAAACACCAUUUGCCCCAGGACUGGACCAGGCAAAUGAUUUACAUCUUUUAACUAUCUCACUUCCUCUUGGAGUGCUGAAAAACAAAAUGCCUUUAGUGGAGGUAUUUUGGAUGCCACUGGAUCCAGUGGCUGCCUGGUGAGGUUUGAGCCUCUUGUAGGAAAAAUCUCAUUGUAGUUGAUUUUGACCAAAAAAACCAGUAACAGAUGUCCAUGCCCACCAUGACUCCCAGAUCAAGCAAGUCUAACCAUGCCCUACUUAUUUUAAAGUGAAAGUGAAGAAAAGGCCGUGCUGCCAGACUGAUGAGAAGCACAUCAUUCCACUUUGGUGUUGAGUAUCUUUGGUUAAUGCAUGUUUGAGUGUCUUUUUAACAGAGCACAGGAAGCAGGAAGUGCACAAGGCAAAGAGGGAAUGCCGAAUGCCAGCUGAAUAUUUUUCCAUACCUGAUUUUUUUCAAAGCUCUAAUAGAAAGACUAUAAGUUGAGAAAUGUAUAGGUUAUUUUUCAUGAAGUAUAGUAAACUGUAUCCAGAGUGUAAGGAGUGUGGUUUCCAUUUAAUUUUUGUUUUUAAACAAUUCUUUAUCCUGUGAUUUAAAAAAAAAAAAAAAAAGUCUUAGAAGGCAUGUCUUCAAGUUCAUUGAUUACAGGACGGGGCUUCUCCACAGCUGCUGCCGCCUUGGAAGCGACCUGUAUUUAGAUUGUUCCUGCCUCGCAUGUGCUCCCAGGAUGGGUGGCUCCCAGCUGCCUCCCAGUCCCCAUAGGCCUCCUUGUCCUAAAUCAGACAGUCCCAAACACUCCAUCUGCUGUACCAGGGAAGCUGGAGAGCGAAAGCACUUUUGAGUCAGUGUCAAGUGCCCGGGAAAGAGAGAUGUAAGAGCAGGGGGAGUUGAUAGAAUUAGCAAGUUCUUUUCUUAGAAUCCACAGAACUGCAUUUCCGUUGUUAUUAUUUACAAAAUAGUGGCCUCACAGGAGCUGUCUUGGGAAAAUAAGUUUUCAUUCAUGUAGUUAGACAGGCACAACUUCUCUAAAUCAUAAACCCUGUGGGCCAGAGAAGGGCUGCUUGGCCACAUUUUCUAGUUCUUUUUUGAGGCUAUUCUAGAGCUCUUGCUCUUGCCUCUGCGCUUAGAUGAAGCAGAAUGAGCCUAUGUGAGACCCUCCUCGCAAGACAGACCUAUAAGCAAUGAUAACCAAAAGUGAAUUACCACUGGCCGGGCACAGUGACACAGCAGCAAGGCCCUUCUGAGCUGGGGUGUUGGGAGAAGUGGGAUAAAAUCGAGGUGCAGUGAGGGGACACGGACUUUGGAUGAGUGGACCGUGCAGCCUGCUGCUGUCCCUUGCAGUUCAUAAUAGGAACCCACCAAGAAAAUAGCCAGAGUUCCUUGAAUGAGCCAGCACUUCCUUUACAGAAAGGAAGGCAAUAUCUGGACAACAGAGGAAGGAAUUUCUUUUCUUUGGAAUUCUAAAAUAAAACAGCUUGAGAUUUGAUUGCAUGUCCUCUGAAGCUACGUUUUUCUCCAAUCGCUAUGGUGGAGGGGUAUCUCGUGUGUGUGUUUGACACCUCUUGAUUUCGACACAGUUUACUUCUCAAGUUACCACUGUUUUAAGUCUAUUACCUAGAUUUCUUCUUGAGGACUGUACCUCUGAAAAAUCUCACUGCAGAGGGCUUAAAUCGUGGGUUUUGUCGCUCCUGGGGUGCACUCUAUAAGACACUGCAUUUCAUGAGGGCAAUUGCCUCAAGACAUCACUCGCUCUUGUUCUCCUGUGCAUGAUGCCUCUGGUUCUGCCCUAUUCUUUAUUGCCUAACUAUUUAUAAAACAAGGUUCUUUGGUUCUUUUCUAAUGAUUCUUUAUCCUAAUUGCUCUAAAUUUAGUUCUUCCCAAAUUCUUGUGCUAUCAGAUGGCCUUUUUGUUAUUGUUGUUGUUUUUUAAGACAGAGAAGCCUGUCUUAGGAGCCAGAGCCAUGGAAGGUGAUGCCAAUCUCCAAACAGGGCAGUGUUUUUCAACCUCUUUUAUCUCACAGCACACUUGAACGUAUAAACUUCCGAGCACACUUAAAUUGUGUUGAUCAAAAAAAAAAAAAGUAAAAAAAUGAAUACACUUACUGUGCUUUGAACUUCUUUCAAAAAUUUAAUUAAUGACCUUUAAAAAUUGUUGUGGAGCACUUCAGACCAUCUCAUGGCACACCAAUUGAAAACCACAGAAACAGGACGUUCCUCCACCCAAGCCUCCUCUGAGCUCCCUCUUCUUACUCUACGAGUGUCUUAUCCUCACCACGAAUUCUUUUGUUGCCCCUGUGUUCUCUGACAAGCUUCUCCUGCCUCCCAGAGACAAUGCAGGGGGCUUUUUCAGCAGCACACACCACCUGCACGUCUGAUUGUUCUGAGACCCAAACCCAGAGGGGUGGGGAAGGCACACAAACCCCAUUUCAAUAAACUGCCUGCAGAGCACCGCAGCCUGCUAAUAGUCAUGGAGGCCUCAGCCCCCUAAGGUCUCCAAGCUCAUUUGACUAGCACAGCUGUGACUUCGGCUGUCUGCCUCUGGCAGGUGCCAAUAUCAGCAUCUCCUCCCACUGCCAUGGGGAGUUUAUUUUUGCUCAAGGGCAGCUGCCAAGCCCAGCACCAGCAUCAAUGGAAGGUUUUCUCUGAUUUUCUUCUCUGUGUCUCAGGCCAUGCUUUGCUACAGGUCCCCAUUUUUGUUUCGUAGGGGGUGCCUGCAGACUGGACCAAGAUCCUCUGCUUCUUCCAUAAUUUUGACAUCUCUUCCUGCUCACCCCCUUUCGUGGUGGAAGGCAUGACCCGUCAUCGGUACUUAGAAAACGCUGGUUGAAUGAAAAGCUUUGGAACAUUGAAGGGCUUUGUCCAGUCAUGCAGUAGCAGCAACUGUCCUAUUAGCACAGUCUUAUUGGCUCUGAGCUAUCAUGACGCGAAAUUUGUCCUCCUGCAAUUAUUGAGAGUGACCUGGGACAGAGUCUUGGAAAGCACUAGGAUCAAAAUAACUUAAAUCUGCCCACAGUGUUCCACACAAAACCAGCUAUUGUCUCAGGAAGAGCUAAGUAAGACCCGCCAGUCCCAGCAGGCUCACCACAUCUGGCAGAAAGGACAGGACCCAGAAUGGGGUGGACUUUGUGGAAAUGAGCUUGUGAGUCUGCUGAGAUUUUAACUUGCCUCAGGAUGCUGGCAAGAAAGAUAGACCCCCUCUCCUGUCCCAGAGUAAUCCCAGGGAUAACAGCCUCCAUUAGUAGCCCAGGAAGCUAAGUCGAAUGUUUGUCAGUUCAGUCCAAUUACGAAACGAGCACUCUGGCCGAGUGAAGUAUCGUUUGGAGCUAAAGCUCCCCCUACAAGUGACUUGAGACUCCAGGGCCCAUGGACAGCAGCGCAGGCAAACACCCGUCUCCUCCAGAUUGGCAGAAUCCUUCAGUUCGACAUCCUUCGGAGACUUGAAAUUCUCUUUAUAAAUAGUUCAUGAAAUUGUUUUUCAGACUCAGUCUCCUAAGAGGUGAGUCCCCAUCCACAUGCAAACAAUGGCCAGUCCAGCUCUUCCACUGUGGAGAAAGCAGACACACCCACCCCCAGCCUGAGCCUGAGAGGUGACCGCUGAGAACUUGGGCUGCCACUCCGCAGGGCCUUAGAAGGCUGUGAGCUCAGAGAGGAAGGUGCACCCGGGGGGCUGCCAUAACUGUCAGGUACCAGCCGUGGUGAGGGGGGGACAAAAGACACCAGGGCAGCUUCAGCUGAGGAAAGCAAACAGUCAGCAGUGCCCAUGCAAAAGAGCAAAACUGAAUGUGCACUGUGACCUCUGACGCCGAGAAAGACCAGCGGGAAGAAGGAGAGAGAAUCGGGGAAUCCAGUGAAUGCCCUGGGUGUAGGAAACCCAGGGAUGUUAGAAGUCAGUAGAGCUGUAGAGGCCAUCACCUGGGGCCAGGCGGUGCGACCAUCACAGGCUCAGGUGAAGUUACUCCGGGUCUUCUCAGCGUCUGACAUGUGAGGCUCCCUCAGUAAAAUGCUCCUGCUCUCUCUCUUCCCUCUCUCCCUCCCUGUCUCCCAUCUCUCUCCCUCUCUCCUCCCUCUCCCUCCCUCUCUCCUUCUCUUCCCCUCCC